AUACAUAUAUUUAUUUGUAUACCUCCAUGGUAGAAUUAUUAUUGAAAAUCUCAGUAAUGUUGACUUUCCGUUUAAAAAAAGAGAAAAUGAGGUCAGAAAAGUGACAUGAAACGUCUUCAGCUACCCUGUAAAGUAUUCAUGAAAGCAUUAGGCCACUAUUUGGUGUGUGUUUGGUCUGCUUUUCGUGCUGCAAUUUUUUCCCUCCAAUAUCUUUUACUUUCCGGGUCUGGUUUUUUAUCUGGGUUUCCAUCUGAAGAGAAAAACUUUGUUUCUAGUGUCCAGGGCCUCACUCUCUGCACAGCCAAGACACAUCCCAUCAAUCUUUGCGGAUAAACAUUAUGGCGGCUGUGCCUCGAGCCAUGCGGAGGAGAGUUCGGUCCCGCUCAACGUACAAUGUACGUGAUUUUGCUUUUUGAAAAGCUUUUUUUCUUAAUUUUAACCGCACAGAACAUUUUCUCACAUCUAGUCGGAUGUAACAUGACUUAAUUCACUUUUUUGAUGGCUGAAGUCUGGAAACAUUCUGGAUAGUGCAUCAGCGAUGACCUCAAUCAUAAAGACUUGCUGGCAGGAUGGAAAACAAUCUCCUUCCAGUCUCCCUGGGUUUCUGGUUUCCACGACCAUCCAAAACUGGAUGCCAAGGAACACAAUCACCUUAAGCAUGAGACUAGAGACAAAUGUCAAUCUUGGAAAGAAAGAAAGCAAAAUUAGAUCGACCCCCAAUUCAGAGAAUAAAAUAAAAAUUGGGGUUCGAUCCGUACACCAUCCCCACCCACACCCGCCUCUAUUAGAUAGUUUAGAACACUUAGUAGAAGUCCUCUACCUUGUGGCACAAGCAUAUUUUAUUACCAUACAGUACAUUACAGCAUUACAACAUUACCAUAGAAUAUUUUCAUAUAUAUUAGAACAGUUAUAUCACUAUUUAAAAUGUUGUUAUACAGUAAUAUUACAAUAUUUUGAGACAGUUUAUUUUACUUUACCCGUCCGACCUCCCCCACCGCACCCACCUCUUUCAGGCAGUUUUAAUAAGUCUUUCAAAAUGUUGUCUACCUUGUGGUAAAAACAUUUCUUUCAAACGCAUGCGUUUUGUGCAAAGGAACGUUUGUCUUAAUACACAUGCGUAUUGCAGUUUUUACGAGUAAAAUACCUAAACACUUCCUUUAAGGAGUAGUGGGGUACGGGGGCGGACCGACCCCCAAUUUUUGCGUUCUGUCCAAGAUAGAUAUUUUCUUGUGUUAUUUCUUGUCAAUCCACCCCGAUCUGUCUGAGGUUGAUAAUUUGUCUCGGUACUCUUGCUUUACUUCUUGUUAAUCUAAAGUUAAUUUAAGAACAUGAUCAAUAAAUUAGUAAGUUUGCAAGAGAAAGUAAAAAUUAUACAAUACAAUAGGAUAAUAUUUUUUCUCAGGUAUUACGUAUUCAGUCACCUUAUUUCAUAGAAAUAAACUGACAGCAAAUUAACAUUAUCAUAUACAACAAAUCAACAGUAAAAUAUAUCAUGAUGAAAGAAAGGAAAAAGCGAUCACAAGAAAACCGUGGUAAUGGCAAAAAAAAA